GAAAAAGUCGAGCUUAGACUGAAUGAACAUAUCAAACGAAGACGUAUUUUAGCUAUCUUUAGCUCUUGGAGUUAAACCGAAAAUCUGUAUAACUUUAAUAGAUUUUAUAACGUGCUGGAGACAUGGAUAGCCAGUGUGUUUCCACCCUGCCCCGCGUCUGUGGAGUUCUGUUGGAGUCAGGAAGCUCUCUCCCCGAUGACACCAGUCUGGAGAAACUACUGGACUGGUUUACAACCAUCGCGCAGACUGGGGCAUCACUGUUGGAGGCGUGUCCAUGUCUGGUUGAUUUCGUCUCCAAGGUGGCUUUUAACCACGCCUCAGGCUCCAGCAUCCUUUCUUUCACUCUGAAGCUCACUGGCUUGAUCGGUACUUCUGAAGAUGGUUUUAAAGUUCUGAAGGAGUGCUCUGUAUUGAAACUGGUCUUUAAUCCUCAUCACUGGCAAGAGGCAGGACUUUGGGGGGAUCCGUGUUUGCGGAUUGGCUGGAUCCAGGGUCUAAAGAUGAUUCUGCAGCACUCAGAAGCUCUCAGUUUUUUUGCGCAAGAAGAUCUUAUUGAACCACUCCUUCAACUUCAGACAGACUCAAGCCUUUUUGUUGCUUCAGCUGCCAAUCAGACACUCGCUCAGGUCCUGCUUCUCUGUCAGUCUCUAUCUUCUGUGGGUCAUAAUUGUUCAAAAAAUAGAUACUUAGAACACAACAGUGUGAGUAUAGAAACCACCCAGAAUUACAGUGGCAUCAUCACAAGGGUCUCUGAAUAUCUGAACAAGUCAGUGGUUCUGAAGGAAAUUUCACAGCUUCCUGGAUGCCAGCAGAUCCUCAGGCUACUGGCUAUGCUCCUGGUCCAGGUCGGGCCUCCUUUGAGGGACACAUUGCUGCUCGCUGUCAUGAACUCUCUGGAGGAACUGGUGACAACAAGCUGCAGUCAGCUCACAGUUCCUCUCAUGGAUGUCAUCCUGGCUGCAAACAGUGGUCUCAGGGACGAUUUUGUCCCAAAGCAGCGACUCAUCCGACUUUUGUGGGUCAUGUUGAACAUGAAGAAGCCUGCCAUUGUUAUGCAGGCUGCAGCUGCUGUGCUACACAGCCACCAUAGUGACCCCACCUUCUCUGCCCACUCUGCUCGAGUCCUGCUGCUACCCCUGGAUAUCGUUACUGGUGUCUCCUUACUGGAUGAGAACUCCACAGGUGAACAAAUGAUGUUGGUGUGUUUUUACAUGUGUAAUAAAUGUUUAUUAACUUCCUUUAAGAGCAUGUUGUCGAAUCCUGCAGAAGAAGAGCUUCGAAUUUUAAUAACUGAGCAGCUUAAGAGGAAAAGCUGCAUCUCCAUGAUUUGUGUAUGUCUAUCAAACAUACCUCAGAUCACACUAAUGGCUUCGGACCACCUCCCCUGUCCUCAGAGGCUAAUUGUUACUGCAGUUUUGAUGUUACUGAGGCUGUGCUGUGUGGACUCCUCAUCUUCAUCUGCUGGCUGUGUUGAAGUUGUCAGAUUCAUUACAGGAAACAGCAAAGUUCAAAAAUGUGCCCUGGAGGCUCUGUUAGUGCUCAGCAAGAGUCCAGGAGUGAAGAUGGUUCUGGUUGACGUCUUCAAAGUUCUGACUGAAUAUUUAAAUAGUCCUUCAUCUGACCCAUCUGUGCUCCAGAAGUCCUACCAGGCUGUGAUAAAGUGGGUGGGUGUUUGUCCAGAUCUGUCUUGCAUCACAGACCAGCUCAGAGAAGGUUUCAUCCAAGCGGUGAGAAAGCGUGCUUGUGACACGCGCUGGGAGGCCAGAGACUCCACGGUGGAGUUUCUGGGUCACUUGGGGGGGGCGCCCUCAUGCCGGUCGUUCACUGAACAGGAGACGGAACCAUCAGACGUUUUCCUGGGUGGCUGCAGCUUUACGGUUCCUCUCCUCAAGGAGGCGCUGCAGGAUCCAGAGAGCUAUGUGAGAGCCAGCUCCAUCUCUGCUCUGGCGCAGACACUGACACCCAGCUGGCAGGAGGGGGCAGCAUUAACACAGGAGCAGGAGGACAUAGUAACCCGGCUGCAGGAAGUUCUCUUCCAGGACUCGGAGGGAUUUGCCAGGAGAGCUGCUGUGAAGUACUUCAUUGCCUGGCUCUCCGCUUGUUCCUCGCCUUCCUCCUGCUGGCUCCUCAUGCAGUCUGUGCCGACCGUCCUCUCUCAGGGUGUCAACGAUCUGGACUGGGAGGUCAAACUUCACACCCUGGAGUUGGCAGAGCUGCUGCUGGACCAAGCCUUUCCGGAUCCUUCUCCAUCUCAUCCCUAUGCUGUGAUGUCUGACCAAGCCCACAGACUUCACAUUGCAGGUCAGCAGUCAGACCUGCUCAGCAGCUUGAAGGAUUUGGUCGAUCGGGGAGUGGUCUCAGCUCUGUUGUGUGGUGUGGUUGACUGUGACAGACCCGUUGCUCUGAAGGCCUGCCAGCUGCUGCUAAAGCUCCGAGGAGUUGUUUGCCCUGUGAUGGGUAACGCAGCAGACACCAGAGUUUUCUGUCAACUGGCUGAAGGCAGUGUGAUGCAGCAGGUCAGAAAGAUCCAGGCAAUGGGGAAGGACACCUAUGUUGUUUCUGAAGCUUGCAGUGAGGCAGACAAGGAAGGCAUAUGUGCAAGUGUUGACCCAGAGCGUGUUGGUGUGUGUGAGGUGUUGAGGCUUCUGGAUUUAGAUGAGAAGCUGAGCAUCUUGACCCAAAGCAGCGACCACAUCUACAAUUCUCCCCUCUCUCUGCUCCAGGACAUCCUGACAGCCGCUGCUGCUAGCUCUCAGCCUGGCCGGGACCUGCACCAGGAGCUCGUAAUGGACUGUUACUAACAGCCAGACACACAGAAACAAACCAUCUUCAAUCAGUACAAUCACAUAGGUCAUACAUGCUGAUUUAAAGCUGCAGCAUAUAACUUUCAUAAAAAAUAUUUUUUUUACAUAUUUGUUGAAACUGUCACUGUUUGGUGACAGUAUGUUAUGAGACAGUAUGUCUCAUAACAUACUAUUAUGUUAUGAGACAUAACAUCUGUGAUUUUUUUCACAGAUUUUUUCACAAUCUGAAAAAAUCAAGCUGUUCUGCCAUCUCUCAACACUAACUAGAAACAACCAAUCAGGCGGGUCUUAGCGAUGUCAAUCACUCUCAUUGUGGCGCCGCUCAUUGCCUUGAUCCCUCCAACCCCCUUUCUCCCCACUAUGCUGCAGCUAACAAAGCCUGUAGUGAAUGCUAAGGCUAGUUAGCAUGGCUACCAACAGUUUCUCUGUAACAGCAAGUUGUUUCUCCGCCAUUAGAACAUUUAGCAGCAAGUACAUGAGAUUGAGUGACAGCGCUAAGACCCUCCUCCUGGCUCUGAUUUUCCUGUUUUUAGUCAGGAGUGGUGCAUUACUUCAGAUUGCAAUAGUAGCUCAGGGAGGAGGUGGAGAUCAAUCUUUUCACAGAAAAAAAGAUGUAAAAUAAAUGAUUUUUUUUAAAGUUACAUAUUGCAGCUUUAAACAGACAAAUUUCAGUUUUAGAUCUUUUAUUGACAGGAUUACCUGUGAUGUGUCUCAUUACCCCCCUAACUUGUCUAAUGUUUUGUAGAUUUUCCUAUGGUUUAAGAAAAAACUAAAUAUAAUGGACAGAGGCAGGAGUAUAGCAUCUUGAGACCUUUCUGGGUUUGGAUUCAUCUGUGAUUUUGCGCAACUUUCAGCUAUGACCAGACCUCCAGCCUCUUGUAAUGCCUUUUCAUGCUAAGAGCAAUCUUUGUGUACAAACACUGACAAAUACAUUAGCAAUCCUGGUAGAUAUCUGUAAAAAACCUAAUAAAUUUAUGCAGUAAAA